UUUUUUUUUUUUUAAAGAGUAAAUGAUUUUUGUUUUUAAGUCAUUAAUCGGAAACUAUAGAAGAGACAGAGAGAAAGAAAACAAAUGACUGAAAAUGCGCUAUUGGGCGCACCGCUGAAAUAAAAUAGCUGUUUCUUUUUAUCUUUCAACUAGGGCUUUCCUCUCUUCUGUUGCGUUAUGAGUUAAAAGUUAUCGCUUCGGAAAUUUGAAGAAGAAGAAAGAGAAGAAGAUGAGCUGGAGAAGAGUGUUGAAGUCGGCCCAGGCUUUGGCAGCGCAUAGCCUUCUUUUCUGUUUCACGCUUUUGCUCCUUCUUAAGCUGGAUCAUGUCGUUUCUUACUCUUGGUGGACAAUAUUUUUCCCACUUUGGAUGUUUCAUGGAGUUGUUGCGCGUGGAAGGUUUUCCUUACCUGCUCCAUCAGUACCCCAUAAUCGUCAAUGGGCUCCAUGUCAUACUAUUGUUGCAACACCACUACUUAUUUCCUUUGAGCUGCUUCUCUGUAUAUAUCUUGAGAGUGUAAAUGUUCACAAUUUUGCUGCUGUAAACUUGAAGAUUGUCUUUCUUCCAUUGUUGGCGUUUGAAAUAAUUAUUCUAAUUGACAAUUUCAGAAUGUGCAGGGCUCUGAUGCCAGGAGAUGAUGAAAGCAUAAGUGAUGAAGCAAUAUGGGAGACACUCCCUCACUUCUGGGUUGCAAUUUCCAUGGUCUUCUUUGUUGCUGCUACAAUCUUCACCCUUCUUAAGUUAUGUGGUGAUGUAGGUGCUCUUGGCUGGUGGGACUUGUUCAUAAAUUUUGGUAUUGCUGAGAGCUUUGCUUUUCUUGUCUGUACAAAGUGGUCUAAUCCAGUAAUUCAUAGAAACUCCCCUGCAAGAGAAGCUGGUCCAUCUACCACAAUUAUCAGAUAUCUUGACUGGAACAGUGGCUUAGUAGUUACUGCAGAGGAAGAUCAGCAUCAAGAUACAAUCUGUGGCCUGCAAGAUAUUGGUGGUCACAUCAUGAAACUUCCUAUAAUUGGUUUUCAAGUCCUCCUCUGCAUGCAUUUGGAGGGAACACCUGCUGGUGCUAGAAAUAUACCACUUCCAAUUUUGUUCUCUCCUCUUUUCCUACUGCAAGGUGCUGGUGUGCUGUUUGCUGCAUCAAGGUUAAUAGAGAAAGUUGUACUUCUACUACGUAGUGGAGCUAGCACAGGCUUAUACUUCAGGUUUUCAUCAAGAGCCCAUGAUUGCUUCGGAUUCUUGCACCAUGGUUCUAGGUUAUUGGGUUGGUGGUCAAUUGAUGAAGGCAGUAGAGAGGAACAGGCCCGACUUUACCAUGACGGGGCUUCUGGGUAUAACACCUUCUCUGGUUAUCCACCUGAGAUAGUUAAGAAAAUGCCUAAAAGGGAUCUAGCUGAGGAGGAGAAAGUGUUAUGUAGGGUUUGCUUCGAGAGAGAGAUUAGUGUGGUUUUGCUCCCCUGUAGGCAUCGUAUUCUUUGCAGGACCUGCUGCGAGAAGUGUAGAAAAUGCCCAAUCUGUCGUCUUUCUAUUGAAGAACGUUUACCUGUAUAUGAUGUUUAACUUCUAACUUGGCAACUUUUCUCUAUAAAUGAGAGUGAGCGGCAAAGAUCAAGCAACUUUAGGCAGGUCAGAUGUUUUUAUAAAGUUUUCACACUGUUGCUUGUUUGAAUUGACAUAAGCUAGCAUAGAGAUAUAGAAAAUGCAUAUGUUAGAAUCACAACAAGAUUCCCUCUCAUUUUUCCUUUUAACCUCAUAAAUGUAAAUAUAAUUUGGUAACAGUAUUCUUCUUCUGGCAUUGAGUUCAGGAUUUUGCUUGCUUGAUAACUGGAUUAAAAGUGCAGAAUAACAUGUUUUGAUCCUUUUUUUUAUACUUUAGAAUGAAUUCCCUACUGUAAUAUUCAUUUUAUUCCAUUUGUUGGUUCUUGUGCAAGUAAAUUGUUUGAAGGCGGUUAAUCAACAGGUUAGAAAUUUGUUUUAAUAGGCUUAUAAAGUAAGCACCAUAUAAAAUUACAAAUAACUCAAUGGAUAGACAGUUGCAAACAUAGAAAAUUAAUAAGACAUGUCAAAAAGUAAUUCAUUCGCAGAGAAUUUUAUAUAAAUUAAAUACUAAAGUUGACCCAACUAAGAUUAUUUUGACUAGUAUUGAGCCGACUUUUUUUUUUUACCUUCAAUUGAAUACAUUUGGAUGCAUAAUAAUCUUUUAAAACGUAAUUCAGAAAAUAGAAACUUCAAAUAUGGAAUGGUAGUUCAGCCAAUAAAAGGAAAAUUCUAUAUGCAACAAUCUCUUUACUCUUUAUAAGUAAAAAAUAAAAUAAAAGUUUUUAGACAAUUAUCUCUAAAAUGAAUUAAUUUUUUGUGCUUAAAUUAUUUUUAAAUCUCAGUUACACAUUUAAUAUUUUUGCAAUUUCAUGAAAAAAAUCUACACAUUCCAAUUAUGUAUUUUCGGAUAAUUAGAUAAACCUACUAAAACGAAGUUUUAUAUGUAGAUAAUAUUUGCAAGUACACAUCAGUCGGUAUUGUUUAUUUGCCUUACAAAAAUGCAUAUUUGGAAAGUUUUAGUUUUCUUGAAAAUGCAUAUUUAGAAAGUUCUUAAUUUAUUGGAUUUGAUUUUCGGAAAGUGGUUUGCAUUUCCAGAAAAAGUAAAAACAUUUCAGAUAUGCAUUUUAGUAAAGAUUAUAAAUUUAAUUAUGUAAAUAUUGAUAUUAUUUAAUCGGUUGUGUCGAGUAAUUUUCUUUAAAAUAUGUUUGAACUUUAAUCGUAUUUAGCAUGUGGAUAUAAAAAGAAAAAAAUUGUGAAUAGAGGUUUUUUUUAUAAAAAACUUUUAGAGGGAAGUUUGAUUCUCAAAUUUUUAGAUUCUAAUAGAGAAAUUUAAAAUUGAUAUUGAAGAACAAUAUGUAAUUUUUGAGUUUUGUUGAAUAUGGGAAUGUAAGAUUACUUAAUCAAGUUUAUUACUUUGAAAACACAUAAAUAACAUGAAAUAUUCAUAAUACUAAUAUGUGAAUAACAUGUGACACAUGAAUAACAUAUUUUUUUUGUUGAAACUAAAUAAUUUUGAAAAAUAAUUUUUUAUAUUUUCAACAACUAAUUUUAUAAUUCGAAUUACUAUCCAAACAUAAUUGUUCUUACGUAAAGAAAACAUGUAGAUUGAUCUUA